AUAACGUGCAUAUAACAAACUCGCAAUUUAUGACACAUAGGUUUUACAUUAUAAUUGCUGCAACGCAUUAACGAAAAAGUUGCAUCUCGAAUACAUCCUAAACACGCUGUAUAUAACUGAUACGGCGAGAAUAUUACAGAGAUGGCGAUAUACAUCCCAAUAAGCUAAACAAAGAAAUGUAUACUACCAAUGCAAAAGUAAAAAAAAAUCAAGUAAGAAGGUAAACAAGUUUUCGCUGUACAUGACGUUGACGGUUGGCAGUAGAAGCCACCACAUUUGAAAUAUUUGUCCAGAAAUAUUUUCAUAUUGGCUUUAAAAGAAAAACUGGGCCGUUUUUGAAGACCCUCAAGCCACAACUCGAGAAUCCUGAUCUGUUAUUAUUUGUACCUACAACCAUUACUUAAAACUGAAUAGGUUUUUGGACUGGGGCUAGUUACAACAUUAAAAAUGUAGCCAAAAAGAAGUAUCUUUGUGGAAAAUGGAUGCAAAUGCAGGAAGAAUUUCCAGUAAAAAUUGUUUUACUUAACCUCAAACUUUAGUGCUAGUUUAGGGACGCUUUUUUGCUGUCAAAUACUUGGAUUAUUUACUGUUUGCGUUACCUAAUUCAACAAUGUAUCCUUCAAUUCUGGAUAUGAACGAAAAUGAAUCCUCCAAGUACUUACGAAUGCUAGAACUGGACGCUUAUGCAAAUAUGCUAGCAGCUCUAAGAGCACAAGGGCCACCGACUUCGGAGAAACUGAAGUUACUAAAGGAUGUAGGUAAUGCAUUACGAAUCCCACAGGAACGAUGUAAAGCGGAAAUUCGAAGAGUUAUUUUGGACGAAAGGUUAAACACGAUAGCUUACUUCUCGUGUGGUCAGGUAGAAACGUCCGAUGAAUGGAUUAAAGAAGCCAUAGCUGAUGAAGUGGCGGAUAACGCAAGUGCGAACAACGAACAGUUGUCACAUCCGACACAAUCGGAACGAAAAAGGGGCAGCACGUCGUCACAAGCGCAAUCGAACAAUGUACCUGAAUCUUCAAGGGCGCAAGUGUUUAGGACAGGGGACGGAUUUAAGAACGAGGACUCGAAGAAGCGGAAGCUUGCGUUUGGAGUGGAACAUAGUAGCUUGGCCCAACUUGGCCCUUCUAAAAUUAGCAAAAUUCAACAAAUUUAUAGGCAGAAAGUAAAAGCAUCAACAAAAGAAGAACAGAAAAUAAAGAACAAACAAGAAUUAGAGUACGACUACAAAAACAUUCAUCAACCAAAUCGAAUAUUACAGCAAUACCCAGCGAAACUGCCAUUAUCCUUAUCCAGUGCUAGUCCUAAAAUCAAUAUCCUACAAAACAUUAGUAUACCACCACCAAGCAAAGAGGAUGAAUCGACAGAGCAUCUAAAGAGUGAUAUAAGCAAUUUAUCGGCACCGCAAAAUACGGAUACACGUUGUCCGUCUCCUCAGCCUAGUUGUUCGAACGAAAAUCAAGCUCCCAAGUCUCAAAAACAGACAUUAGUGAACUUGAAACCGAACUCAAAUAUCACCUACAAACAUAUCGCCUCGCCGGGGCCCAGCAACGAAGCACCAAAGUGUUUGAAAGUGUGCACCACACGCAAACCUCUAACAAAAGCAAUCGGUGGUCAAAAACUGAUAAUUGUGUCGAACGCUCAGCCGAUUAACUCGACCAGCAUUCUACAGCGUACCCUCUCCAUUCCGUUUGUGAAAAAUGUGUCGGUGAAAAACUUUGACAAGUUUAAAAUUGUCGCGACAAGUACCAGUACUAACACUCUUCAACUGACUUCGAUCGGAAACGUCACCUCUGGCGCAUUUACUACGAACUCGGCCAAGCACAAGGUGGUCACUGUCAAGACGAAUUCGACGAGUAAAAAGGUUAUUCCGCUCGCUCAGUUGCAGGCACUAAACGCUAAAGGAAGUAUCAAAAUGUUACCUUUGGGCGGAAAAUUUGUAACAAAAGCGACGACUACUUCUCCAUUGUAUAUCAUGAAUAGUGUCAGUGGAGUACAGGCCAUAACAAAAAGCACCUCGAGCACGCCUGUGAUAAUGACCUGUAAGCCUCAGGAACCCGUCAGAAAAAGUAGCGACGAUAAUAGCGAGACUAGCGAAGGCGAAAAUUUAAACGCAGACGUUGUAAAAGUACCUUCUGAUGAUAUUCAGAAUGAUCUUGAUGUGGAGGCGCAUUUAUCGCGCUAUACGAUUUCUCAGGAGAGGGUUGUGGACGAACACGUCACAAUGGAUGAGACUUUUGAGGUUGUUGCUACUUCGGAGAUAAGUGAAAGCUCUGACGGAUGUGAGGAUAAUCAGUGUGACUCGUAUAUGUCCUCAGAUAGCAACAACGAAAUUUGUGAAAUAAUGAACAAUAGUGUCGGCGAAGAUGUGGUCAUUCACAAUUCAGACACGGAAAAUGGUGAGUGCACCGCCAAAACGGCCACACCUCAUUCUGACUACGAAAGUGAACAGUCAUACGCGGUAACUAGUGACCCAGUGGUCAAUGUGCAGAACUCUGCAGACAUUGAAACGAUAAACUGACACUUUCCCCCCCUCUGUAAGUUCUCAACUCAAUUGUCUCAGUUUUGUGCAUUGUUCUCUCAAGCGUCAUUAUAUUUUGUGAUAAUUAGUUUUAACCUUGUUGUGAAUUAUAAUUAAAACACCAAUCUGACUUUUGUGAGAUGUAUAAUUUAUGUAAUAUUCUGUAUAUUUGAUUUAUGUAAAAUAAUCAUACAUGCUAAAUGUGUGCAUAAAAUGAUUUCACUUUAACUUAUUUCAAUUCUAACAUAAUUUAUUACGUUAUGUAGAUGUGAUUGUAAAUUUCCAAAUAUGUAAAUAGGAACGCUCACCAACUCUAAAUUAUAAAAUAAAAGAAUUUAUUUGUGAAGACUGUAACAUUUGAAAUGAUUUAAGGUGCAAUCGCGACACUUAGAAAAA